AAACCAUCGGAAUGACGUCAGAGCACCCGCGGCCAAUGAGGGUAGCGCACAUCCCGUGCCUAUAUAAUGGACUGUGAAGCGCAGUAGCCGUUUACUUCUUGGUGCGAACGCUUUGAAAGAUGACUCUUCAGGCUGAGUUUGAAAGUGUGGCAGCAAGUGUAAAACAGUUAAAGACCAAGCCAACUGAUGAUGAACUGAAGGAACUCUAUGGACUCUACAAACAGUCUACUGUGGGAGACGUUAAUAUAGCGUGUCCAGGCAUAGCAGAUUUGAAAGGCAAAGCCAAAUGGGAAGGUUGGAACAGCAAGAAAGGUAUGUCAAAGGAAGAUGCCAUGAAGGCGUAUAUUGCUAAAGCAAAUGAGCUGAUAAAGAAAUAUGGAAAGUAGAAUUCCCACAAUUAUCAACUCUUCCAUAGCUGACAGAUAGUUUGAAGUCAAGAGCACUACUGACUUGGCAGUUGAUGUAGAACUUUAUUAUCAGCAGUUCAACUUUACAAAUUUAUACUGGCUGUAUUUGUUUACAAUAAAAUUUUAUUUACAACUG